CCUCGCGGUGAAGGCAACUUGUGAGAGAGCUCAGCCACUGCGUUUUCUGUAACAUGCUUUACACUCUCGCAGUUCCCCAACGGGGAGAUCAUAAUUUCGUCUCCAGGAGUAAAAGUCACUCUUGAAAUGUUUCCGUGAGGAGGCUAUUACGGCUUUCCGUCUAGUUGGUGAUGGCUUGGGAGUCUGAAUAAUUCAAGUGAUGACCCAGUGUUUGUAAAAAUAUUAUCUGUCUUCUUCCGUUGUAGCAAGUUGUAACUGAAAAAAAAAUAUCAUCAUAGGAUCUCAGUCUGCACAGAGUACAACAUUGAGAAUACGCUAGAACGGUCUGUGGUUAUUAUGCACCGCAUUACGCUUUAAGAAACAGAAAAUGAAUGAAAAUACAGAUUCUGAAUCAAAAGAAAGUGGAGACUAUGAAGAUGACUUUGAAAAGGACCUGGAAUGGUUAAUUAAUGAAAAGGAAAAAAGUGAUGCCAGCAUUAUAGAGAUGGCUUGUGAGAAGGAAGAAAAGGUUAUCCAAGAAUCAAAAGAGAAUGAAACAGAAGCAGAACACACCAGCCAGGUUUCUGAUUAUGACAGCUGUGUGAAGGAUGAAGUUUCACUAAGAAGCAAUGACUUCAUUUCCGUACCAAGUAUUCAACCCUUAGAUGCAAUCUCAGAUACAGACAGUGAAAACUCCUUCCAGGAAUCCAAACUGGAAGGCCAGAAAGAGCUGGAGGAAGAUGAGGAUGAGGAAGUAAGGAGAUAUAUAAUGGAGAAAAUCAUACAGGCUAACAAGAUUUUACAGAGUCAACCUGUGAAUGAUAAAAGGGAGAGAAAACUGAAAUUCAAAGACAAAUUAGUUGACCUGGAAGUUCCCCCAUUGGAAGAAGUUGACACUUACAAAAAUUAUUUUGACAAUGAAAGUAAUAUGUAUGGAAAGCUGUCACAAUUAUGUAUUUCCGGUGAACUUGGACAUGAAAAUGUGCUCAUGUCAGUUACUGAUGGAAGCUGUGAAGAAAAUAAGGAUGGGAAGAUACUGGUAGAGAGAGAUGGAAAAUUUGAACUUCUCAAUUUACAAGACAUUGAGAGUCAGGGAUUUUUGCCCCCUAUUAAUAAUGCUAAUAAUACAGAAAAAGAACCUCAGCAGUUGUCACUCAGGUCCUGUGACUCUUCUGUCAGUAGUGUCAAAAAAGAAGAGUCAGCAUUGCUCAUUCCUGCUGCCACUCACGCGUCAACAGGAGAGGGGCUGGCAUACAUCCCUCAGCCACCACCCAACCCCAGCGCUCGUCCAGGCUCUGUCGCCUGCUCAGACCGCAGCAAAGGAAGUUGGCGAUCUAAUCAGAGGACACAGUCUGCAAAUGCAUCUCCAGUGACCUCAACAUACUGUCUCUCCCCCCGACAGAAAGAACUGCAAAAACAGCAGGAACAAAAGAGAGAAAGGCUAAAGAAGGAGGAAGAACAACGGAAAAUAGAAGAAGAGAAAGAAAGGAAAAAAGAGAAUGAUGUGGUAUUUAAAGCCUGGUUGCAAAAGAAAAGAGAGCAGGUUCUAGAAACAAGAAGAAUUGAACGAGCAAAACAAAUUGAAGACAUGAACAGUAGACAGGAAAAUAGAGAUCCACAGCAAGCCUUUCGAUUAUGGCUUAAAAAAAAACAUGAAGAGCAGUUGAAAGAAAGAAAGACAGAAGAACUGAGAAAGCAAGAGGAAUGCUUAUUCUUUCUUAAAGGAACAGAAGGCCGGGAGAAGGCCUUUAAACAAUGGCUAAGAAGGAAACGGAUAGAAAAAAGAGCAGAGCAGCAGGCAGUCAAAGAGAGAGCGCAACAGCUCCGCCUGGAGGCAAGACGUUCUAGACAGUUACAGAACCACCUGUACAAUAUGUCCGAAGCCAAGUGUUUUCGUUUUACUGAUCAUUACAACUGAAGAUACCCGUCUAUGGAAUAUUUUAUGUGGCAGCUGCUAUCAUCAGGAUUUUGUAUAUCAUUUCUUAUUGCCUGUGUGCGUUGCUUAUAUUUUAAAUUAUGGAAAUGAUAUUUAUGUUUUGGUGUUAACAGUGACUUUAUGGCUCUUAAAAUACUCUAGAACAAAAUAAACUUGUCUUACAGUGUUGGAAUGUGUUGUGCCAUCUCUUAUCCUGUGCAGCAAAUUGAACAGAGGAACCCUCUGUUCUGUCCUUCUGCUUCUCAGUUGCUGUAUUAAGAUUCCUCCCUGGAAAGAACAUAAGAAAGGGCAGAUUUCUGCUCAUUGUUUCAGUAUCACUCAGAACAACUGCGACAGACAAUUUCAUAAGGCAAGAGGAGUGACUUCUUAAACAAGCCUUGGUCCAAGCCUCAUACAAAUGUCUGUUUAUGUCAAUUUGGAACUCAAAUAGAUGUGGCAAGCUAACCAAUUAGAUAGUCCUAAUUUUACCUGUCAUUACAGAGAGAGAGAGAGAAACAUCUAUACAUAAACAUAUACACAGAAAUAAGUGUAUAUAAUACUAUUUUAAGUAUGUUAUAAAAUUAAGUUUUAUUGAUAGCUAUAAUGCGCAUGGUAUGAUUUUGAAUGGUGUGAAUAAAUGACAUAAUCCUAAGACCACAC